GGAUAUAAAAGUAUAGCACUACACAUACUUUCAGCAAGAAUACACACACAAAAAAGGUAAUGGAGCAUCUUAGUGGUUUACUCCGCCGUGGAGGUGAAUUCAGUGGCAAUGCCGCGACCGGGGAUCUUCGUGAUACCGCAGAAACGGUCCAAAUAUCUUCCCUUGCACUGCUUAAAAUGCUUCUUCACGGGCGCGCCGGUGUACCCCUAGAGGUUAUGGGCCUCAUGAUCGGUGAAGUGGUGGAUGACUACACAAUCCGCGUCGCCGAUGUCUUCUCAAUGCCGCAGACCGCGACUGGGCAAUCCGUCGAGGCGGUCGACCCCGAGUACCAGGUGCAUAUGCUCGACAAACUUAAACUCGUGGGAAGACAUGAAAACGUUGUGGGUUGGUACCACAGCCACCCUGGAUUCGGAUGCUGGCUUUCCUCCGAGGACGUUGUGACGGCAGGUAGCUACGAGAAUUUGACGCCGUGCAGUGUAUCGGUAGUGGUAGAUCCGAUUCAGUCUGUUCGAGGCAAGGUGGUCAUUGAUGCAUUCCGCACCAUCCCGCGCGAGAUGGCCAUGAUGAUGAUGGGCGGUGGCGCAAGCACGCGUUUCAUCGAGCCACGUCAAACAACGUCUAAUAUUGGGUUCCUCAAUAAACCCUCCAUGUUAGCUCUGGCACGUGGCUUGGACAGGCAAUACUAUAGCCUCCCCAUCACAUUUCGCAAGAAAAAUCACGAGUUGCGCCUACUUUUGAAUGUCUAUAAGAAAGGUUGGAAAGAAGGAUUCAAACUGGAGAAUGUCUCCCAGAUGGAGAAAAAGACGCGCCAGGGUGUGCGUGACCUUAUCUCGCUAGCGAAGCAGGCCGAAAUGUUUAUCACACAAGGUCAAGACGAAGACGAUAUCGGAAAUGUCGGUCGUAUCAACGCUAUCACGCACCUCCAAAUGGAGGCAACUAAUAUGAUACAAAACAACCUUAAUGAAUCUAUUGGUGCCAUGGUUAAUGCUGUCGUAUUUUGAACAAUAAUGUACAUGUAAAACAUCUAUAAAAGUGUUAUGCCGUCAAUUAUUAAUAGUAUCAUUAUUACUUGAGAACGUAGUGAUACCCUUGAUAAAUGCCUUUCAGAUCAAUAAUGUCUAGAAGUAAGCUGAUAAAAAAAAAAAGUGUUGUGAGGAGCAAGAGAACAAUUGGAUGAGUGUGCAUUGCAUAGAAUGGUGAAAAAAUGUCGAUUCUAAAUGGAACAACUCAUGGAAUGGCUUCUUCUAAGAGUUGUCUGACACUUAUGCAUGUAUGUGUAGAAAAGGGCGCGUUUGCGAGAAGAAAGAAAUAAGGCAUUGUAUUCAUUUCAUUCAUUCAACUAUUGAUGGAUUUAUAUUGUGGGGAAAAAACGUUUGGGUAA